AUGGCCACCUCUAUCCGCUCCAUCCGCUCUCUCGCUCCCUCUCGACCGCGUCCUGAUUCAGCGCGUCAAGGCCGAGACCAAGACCGCAGCGGUAUCUUUCUGCCCGAGUCCAGCGUCAAGGAGCUGAACGAGGGCAAGGUUCUCGCCGUCGGCCCCGGUGCCUCGACAAGAAUGGCCAGCGUCUGCCCAUGGGCGUCAACUCUGUUCGGCGGUUCCCCCGUCAAGGUCGGUGAUGAGGAGUUCCACCUGUUCCGGGACAGCGACUCUAGGAUCCUGGCGAAGAUCAACGAGUAA